GUCAGCAACAGUGCCCGGUCAUCUCAGAUACACAGAUUCUACCAAGCAACAUGGCGCCUCGGUUUCUGUCUGGCGAUAGCGCCGCCAUUGAGGAGUUCCUGUCCAGGUUCGAUGUGUUUCUGUUCGAUUGUGAUGGCGUCCUCUGGUCUGGCGAUCACUUGUUCGAGAAAGUACCUGAGACAAUUCAGAUGCUCAGAAGCAAAGGCAAGCAACUUGUGUUCGUCACCAAUAACAGCACAAAAUCGCGCGCAGACUACAAGAAGAAGUUUGACAAGCUGGGCAUACCCGCUGAAGUGAACGAAGUCUUUGGAUCCUCGUACAGCGCCGCCGUCUAUAUCAACCGCAUCCUCAAGCUCCCCGCCCCAAAGAACAAGGUUUUCGUACUUGGAGAGUCUGGCAUUGAACAGGAGCUGGAAGCUGAAGGUGUCCCGUACAUUGGCGGGACAGACCCAGCCUUCCGUCGCGAUAUCGAGCCUGAGGACUUCACGAACAUUGCCAACGGCAGUCUGCUUGACCCAGAUGUUGGCAUUGUGCUGAGCGGCCUCGACUUCCACUCAAACUACCUCAAGACCGCAAUCGCAUUUCAGUACCUGCAGCAUGGCGCAAAGUACCUUGCCACGAAUAUCGAUAGCACGCUGCCCAUGUCGCACACACUCUUCCCUGGAGCUGGAUCAUCAGGUGCUGGUCUGGCGAAAGCUAUCGGGAGAGAGCCGCUGUCUCUGGGUAAGCCUAGUCAGGCCAUGAUGGAUGCUGUUGAGGGCAAGUUCCAGUUCGAUCGUAGUAGGACAUGCAUGAUCGGAGACAGGCUGAACACGGACAUUCAAUUUGGCAUUGACGGCAAGCUGGGUGGAACCCUCGCUGUUCUCACCGGUGUAAGCAAGAAGGAAGAUUUCCUGGCGGAGGGUGCACCCACCGUGCCUACCGCUUAUGUCAACGCUCUUGGUGAUUUGAUGGGUUAGACAUACAUCUGCAUACAUAGACUACAGCGAAAACCAGAAGUAGAC